AUGUCACUUGUUAUGUUCAUGGAUCCAGACGCGGUAGCAGCGAUCGGAAAGGCGUCUCUGGCCCUCAAAAACGCGGCCCUUGCUUUUAUACCAAUCACAUCUGUAGCGCUGUCUUUGCGCUUGUAUGUGAGGAUAUUCAUCGUCAAGGGCUUCGGACUUGAUGACGUCUUCCUGAUAGGUGCACAGGUCUGGUUUCUAGUGUUCUGUGGGUUUGUGAUCAAACUGAUCAAUCUUGAACAUGAUCCAGCUUUGGCGACAGCAAUAGCUGAGAGUGUACAAUCUGCAAUGGUAGCCAUUGGGAAGUUAUAUACAGUAAGCCAAUCUGAUUCUUCAAGGACCUUCGCCGACUGGCUAACACACUCAAAGGACUCUGUCUACUUUACUAUCUUCUACGUCUUCACCGUCAUUUUCCUCAAAAUCUCGCUCGCGUUUUUCUACCUUCGAAUCAUCGUUCAACGAUGGCAAAGANUUGUCGUCUACUUUGCCGUUACGACCAUGACUCUUUACGGCCUUGGAUACGCCUUCAUCUAUUUGUUCCGUUGUGGUCCGAACGUCAAUCAGCAACUCAUCAACUGGGCAGAGGGAAAAUGCUUAGCGGAUCACAUACUACUGGUCAUGACAUAUGUCUUUGGAAGCCUGGAUACAUUGACAGAUUUCAUCUACGCCUUUCUUCCAAUCUACAUUUUAUGGAACUCAAACAUGCCGCUGGGAAUGAAACUUACUGCGGGAUUCCUGCUCUGCAUAGGCUCCGUCAGCUCUAUCUGUGCUCUUAUCCGCGUCGCCACUCUUUCUAAUCUGACAUUCGAUUCGGCAUUUUUCAAGCAAGCAGUGCAGACUGGCCUCUGGAGCAUUAUCGAGCCGGGUCUUGCGAUUGUAGCCACAUCUCUAGCAGCAUGCAGACCACUGUGGAGGAAAGUGUUUGAAGACACGAGCACAGGGUCUUUCAUCAAGAACACCUUCAUGUUCAGAUGGUCGACAGCAAAAAAGAGUGGCGUGUCGUCAAACAGCAGUCGAUCCACCGACAAGCCCAUGACAAUUGGACGAGUCAAUGGACGAGCCAACGGACUUGGCUUUGUCGAGCGCGCCGAAGCAAACAAAGGAUUCAAAAAGUUCAAUGAUGACGAGUAUGGAGUCUCGAUGGCUAGUGUGGCAGUGGGAGACGAGUCCGAACACGAAUUACAAGAUCUCGGCAGGCUGGAAGCGCAAACCGAGUUCUUGGAUGAUGAGGAGAGUGACAAGAGGUCACUGGUGAGAAGUUCGGUACAGCCGUCUGAGCAUGGGCAGAAAAGAUCUAGCAGUGCGCGUCGACAGAGUAAGUCGAAGAUAUUCAGGACCAGAGAUGUGAUGGUGGAUAUAAGAACUGCUCCAUAA